CCGCUGCCCCUUCAUGGCCAACAGAGACAACGACUACGGCUGGUGCUUAGAAAAGCUGUUAGUUCUUCGCUGACGGUAUCUCUCGUUGAAGCUUCGAAGCAGAGAAAUGAGAAUCCAUGGAAGGGAGAAGGGAACGCAUAGAUUCUAAAAUCUGGCGUUGGAAACAUGGGCUUCAAUUUGACAAAGGCCCAAAAGCUUCUUCUCUAUUUAAUCGAAGGCCCAGAGGACGGGAAAUCCGGCCGCGUUUCGCGAGGGAGGAAGGCCCACGGCCGGCUUGUGGCCAGCGAAUUGAGUGAUGGAAAUUGGAAACUGUAUCUAUUGUGGAAAGGUCAAUUUUCUUCUGGGAAGUGUAAUUUGGGAAAAGCUACUGGUUUGGGCUCUUAUUUUCUUCUCCAAGUUGAUGCCAUUUGCGAGCAUGGAGACGACCAUUUCCCACCUCUCGUUUCGCCCUAAUUAGACAGACUGUCCAUUUUUAAUUAUGAACUAAGUUAUUACAUUUUAGCUAAUAUAUCAUAUAGAGGUAUUAAUAGGUCUGUUCAUAGCGUGUCAAUUAGGUCAUUGGAGAGAUGGUUUAGAUAUUUUUUCGAUUAUUGUGAUUGAGUUAUGUGAAUUUCCUAUUUCCGGCCUUAACUAAGUCUUGUAUAUUGUUGCUUUCAUUCGGGAAUAUCUAUGACAAUAUAUACUUGCUAAACUAUGCGUCUAAUCAAAUUGACUCGUAAUCUAACUAAUUCGUAACAUUAUUUUACACAACCCCCCUGAUUCAGUUAAUCACAAAAUCUUUGAUUGGAAUGUUCCAAUCGUGCAAGUUAUGCAUGAUCGGUUUACAAGUUAGUUGGUUUACAUAAUAAUUUAGUGAGGUUAGGAGUUAGCUAACAUACUGGUCAAGAAUGUUUUAGGUUGAAUGAGUUAUGAUACGUUAUUAUCACCUUUCAUACACUGAAUUAUUGAUAAUACAAAUAAGAUGAAUUUGGCAUCGUGACAUGUGAAAACAUUUGAAAACACAUGUUUGGCUACACUAACAUGAAUAUUCUUGUGAACAUAGAUUCAGAAAACAAUGAUUUUGUUAAUGACCCUUUUUUACGCUUGAUCUAACUCCAUUUUUAUCCAAUAAGAAACGUGUUCAAGGACUUGCCCCAUAUUAUCCAUAAUCCACUUGUGCGGUACUUUUGGGCAAAAUGACAUCAUCAGCACCAUCAUCACACCUCCCCUGAAUCAGAAUCCUUCAAGCUUCAUUUUGACCUUUGAAAAUAUUGACUUUCCCCUCUUUUCCACCAUUCUAACUUUCCCCCAUUUCUUCAACCUAUAUAAACCCGUCAAACUUCUCUCCCCAAAUCACUUCCCCUGUUUUUCAUCAAGUCUCCUCUGUUCACACACCCACCAAAAACAAAGAUUCAAACUCUUCCCUCCAAACCAUGAGUAGCGACGGCUACAUUGCCGGCGGCGAGGAUGAGAGGAAGUACAAAGGAGUCCGGCGCCGGAAAUGGGGGAAAUGGGUGUCGGAGAUUCGGGUCCCUGGUUCCCAGGAACGAAUCUGGCUCGGGACGUACUCUUCCCCUGAAGCUGCAGCGGUGGCUCACGACAUUGCUUCAUACUGCCUCCGAGGGGGUUCGUCUCGAAAGGGGUUCAAUUUCCCGGUGACUUCGCUGCCGGCCAGUGUCCAGCCGGACAUGUCGCCGAGGUCCGUGCAGAGGGCGGCAUCCGACGCCGGAAUGGCCGUGGAUGCGCAGAUGAUACUGUGGAAUUCGUCCCCGCCGCCGGCGCGGCCGGAGAUGUCAUCCGAGAUGUUUUGGGGCAACGGAGGGUGCCGGGAUGUGGACGGAAUGGGCGCCGGCAGUUCGGCCGGAGGGGACGUACUGAACUUAUCGGUAGAAGAUUAUUUCUAAGAGUGUGCGAACUUGGUAGUUCCCCAUCAGAAAUUGGUAGGCGCCAAGGAGAAAGGAAGUGAAAUUAUACAUUGAUUAUUCGUGUAUUUUUUCCGGCGAUUCGGCUAAUGUUUCAGCCGCCAGCUUGCCAUUGAGUGAAUUUUCCAUUUCACGGUAUCCUUUCUUGAUAGAGUUUCAAACUUGCACACGUCCGUCAUGUCAUGUAAUUUUGUCAAUGGUUAACAUUGAGUAUCAUAGGAAUUCAACUAUGAGACGUCACAGUAAAAGUACCCUUUGAUACUUGUUUUCCGGCAAGAAAACUUGCGCUGAAUUGAAAUAGAUUGCACAUUUAACUUCUUUGGACAAUGAUUAUUAAGACACGACUCACACCUCUUCAAACAAAGUUCGAACGAGGGUGUUUGAUUGAUGGUUUUUGAGAACGAGAUCUAAAUUAAAUUACUUCUACUCCUAUGGAUGUUCAGUGAGAGCUCCAAACUACGAACUACGUCUAUUGCUACAUGAUAGAGAAAAAGAUAAAGUUUGACAUUGGGUGUCAAAUGGUUGGUUGUGGAACCUCUGUCUCUGUCGACCUCCUCCUAUUUAUAGCCACGAGGAGGUAACCGCCGUAGAAAACCGUUUGUUGGAUAUCUGUUACCAAAAACCGCUCCCCCUUCUUCAAUAGAAACCCUCCUCUUGGAUAACUCCCAAAAAGAACCGCUCCCUACUUCCUCAGAGUGGUGGUUACUCCUUCAACCUCCUAGGUGCCUCUCUUGGAACCGUCUGGAUCUAGUAGCUUGCCUCGCCUCGUCUUGUUCAAAAUCUCGUGCCAUGCAAAUCUUUUGAUAAGCAUGUGGUGUCUCACAAAAGGGGGUCGUGGUCCUCUUGCCAGGCAGCCAUGGACUUCUUACUCAUGUCCUUGGCCUUCUUGUCUCAUGACCAUGGACCUCUUGGGACUUAGUCACUAGUGAUAUAAUGCUCCACCAUCACGCCCUUCUCAUCUGUGUCCAUGGCCACUCUCCUGAGGUGGCAUGGACCUCUCAAUCAUGCACUGGCCCCUCUUGGGAGGCGGCAUGGCCUUCCCAGACUUAGUAUUUUUCAAUGUGUCUAAUGCUUCUUGCUUCGCGUCCAUGGCCAUCACAUGACAAUUGACACGGCCAUGGACCUCUUAAUCAUGCACAUGGCCCUUCUCGUGAGGCGGCAUGGCCUUCUCAGACUUAGAAUAUAUUUUUCAGUCAUGCCUAGGCCAUCUUGUCUCGCGUCCAUGCCCCUUCUUGUGACUCGGUAUGGAUGUUUCGUCUUGUCUCGCGUCCAUGCCCCUUCUCGUGAAACGACAUGUACCUCUUACAGGCUUAGUUUAUUUUUCAGUAAUUCGGUCUUGGUUUUGGGGCGGCAUGUGCUCCUCGAUUUCGAGACGAACAUGGUCCUCUUCGUGAAGCGACACGUCACACGUCCCUCUCCAGACUUAGUGGCUUGGGCUUAAAAUUAAUAUUCAUAAGGUCCAACUUAAACAACAUUAAUUGUUAUAAUUAAUGUGACCUUAUAAACUCAUUGAUUAUCUUGUAAAUCACCAAUGUGGUAGAAGAUAAUUUUUUGGUGUAAACAAUACCAUAUACGAGAACCAACCAAUCGGCACUCACAAUAACUCGAGUCGUUCGAAGGUCAAUUAUAAAUCAUCUAUGUAUCAUUCUAUUAACGUGACUCCCACAUUGCAUAUAUUUAAUACAUUCGAUUUUGAGUAGUAAUAUGACAUCGAUCGGACAUUUAUGGCCUACUUUUGAAAUUAUUAGACAGAUUUGGCCUACAAAUUUCUUUGACCGUUAAUAUUAGCGGUCAAACACUAUUUCGUUAGUCACUCAAAAAAAACAAUUGACGUGGCAUGCCACAUCAUUAAACAGUAUUAUUUUAA